AUAACUUUACAACAUCCUCAUGAGUAUUUUUCCUGUCAGCAAAUUGCAUUCUAGCUGUCUGGUAACCCAGUUACUGAUAAGACGACAAUUCAUUAUAGCAUAACAACUUUUUACUUAUUCGUCACCUUCAUUUUGACCUGAGGAAACAAACUGAUAAAUAAUAUUUUAAAUUAAAACAAAUUAUGGAGCUAGUAGGUUUUGUUCACAAAUACGAGUGGGGAAAAGUAGGGAAUGACUCUGCAGUGGCCCAGCUCGCAACACUCAAUGAUCCGCAAUUUAAAGUUGACGAGAAAACGCCUUACGCUGAAUUGUGGAUGGGCUCCCAUCCCAGCGGACCCUCAAAGUACAAAUCCAGUGGCAUUACUCUACAAGAUGAACUACCAUUUUUAUUGAAAGUUUUAAGUAUAAAAAAGGCUUUGAGUAUUCAAGUUCACCCUAACAAAUCGGAAGCACAAAAAUUGCAUGCGAAAGAACCCAACAUAUACAAGGACCCAAAUCAUAAGCCUGAAAUGGCGAUUGCCCUAACGCCCUUUACUGGUUUGUGCGGAUUUCGUCCUCUCCCUGAGAUUCGAGAAAUAUUGAUGGAUAUUGAACCACUUAAGGCUUUGGCAGUGAACGAUUCAAAUGAUCUCAAUCUAUUGGCUGCUAAUGAUGAAAUUGGAUUGCGUAAUUGUUAUCGUAAAUUGAUGAGUGCUGAAAAGGACACAAUUGGGGACUGUAUUGAAUCAAUUUCCAAAAACUAUACAAAACAAUUAUGCAGAUACGAUAUACUUGAAAUCUUUAACACACUGGAAAAGGAUUUCCCAAAUGAUGUCGGUGUGUUGUCUUUAUUCUUUUUGAAUGUUGUUCGGUUGCAACCUGGACAGGCAAUGUUUCUUGGUGCAAACCAAAUACAUGCAUACUUGUCGGGGGAUUGUGUCGAGUGUAUGGCUUGUUCGGAUAAUGUGAUACGCGCUGGCUUGACUCCCAAAUAUAAAGAUCUCAAACAAUUGCUUAGUUCACUAGAGUAUAAAGGUGAUCCAGCCGAAAGCAAAAUAUUUACUCCGGAACGUGUUGACAGCCACCAAUUGAUAUUCAAACCACCGGUUGAAGACUUUUCACUGAUACAAUUAUCACUGAAACCUUCUGAUUUAGAAUAUGUUUUAAAAAUUAAACAAUCUCCCGGGAUUUUACUUGUGAUAAGUGGUCAACGCUACUUAGAAAACAAAGGAUUGGAUAAGUUGAAAUUAACACGUGGAUCCAUUGUGUAUUUGCCUUUUGAAAGUGGCACAGAAUUACGAUUUUCAUCUGCUGGUGAGGAUGAGCAUGAAUUUUUGGCUUACAUCAGCACACCCAAUGCAGUGCCAUCCACCAACUUUCAUAUAUAGUUGAAGCUGACGAAUUUAUCAACAUUGAUUGCAGUUACAUUUAUAUAUAUAUGUACAUGUAGAUUUUUAAUCUUAUAUAAUAAAAAUGCAACUACUAGUAUAACUUUGUAUUGCCAAAAAAUA